AUGCUUGCUCUAAGCAUAUUAUCCGGUCUAUUGGUCGUUUGCAAUCCGGUCAGAUAUGAAUUCGAUGAACCUCCAAUGGAUUCCAUUAGUCUAUAUAAUCCACCUCGAAUUGUGCCACGCGAAUUUUGGAAUAAGCCUAUGGAUGUGAGAAGAUUUUUUAAAAGGGAUCAACAACCAGCUUCAGCAGUAAAACGACCCCAACAGUCAGACAACUACUAUUAUGAUCUCUAUAGACAAUCUAUGCUGCCAACAAACGAAUUCAUUGGUUGAAAACGCUAUUCACAUCCGGUAGAGUAGAAUGACGAGAGAAAACACAAGAAAGACUUCUUUUUGCGCGUUUAUGUGUGUUUAUGUGUGAAUGUUUAUACAAGUGGACAUCAACUGAUCCGUCAUAUAUUCUCUCUUCUUUUUUCUCUUCUGUCUUUGUCUGACUCUCAAGAAUUAUACAAUAUUUACCUACAUAUCUUCAUUCAAUUGGAAAACAAUACAAGUG